AUUUUGACCUUCAGAGACCCGCCAAGGAAGAAAGUUGUGGGAUAGGAUGCCAAGAGAUUAUGACAAACGCCCUCGAUCAAGAUCUCAUGACCGAUACAGGGAUCGUAAUGAUAAUUGUGAGCGUUCUCGUAAACACCGAGAAGACUACCAUCGAAGAGAUCGCGACCACGGAUACGAUUGUGAUGAAAGAGAUGUAGAAAGAAGCCGAUAUCGACAUGAAAAAGAAAAACGCAGAGACCGUGAUAGUCGACGAAGACAUGAACAAAAUCAUAACGACGAAAGAUGGAAGCGUCGUACACACUCUAGGAGCCCCAUGCCUACAGCUGAAACAGAAACCGUGGAGUAUGAAGAGGCAGAACCAACUGAACCUGUAACCGAAGAGGAGGCAGAAAUGAUGCGCACUAUGGGUUUCUGCAAUUUCGGCACAACAAAAGGAAAGCAUGUUAUUGGUAACAGUGUUUAUGUGGCAAACAUAGCAAAACAGCGAAAGUAUCGUCAGUACAUGAAUCGUCGUGGAGGUUUCAAUCGUCCGCUCGAUCCAGUUGCUUAAACAUUAUGAUAUUUGUAUAUAUUCUCUUAAAACCUGUCAAAACGCACUCAACAUAACGAGAUGUAUUGAUAGGAAGUAUAACUCGUACAUUUACAAAAAUUGUAAUGUGUAUUUCACAAAGUAAGAAGGGCCAAUUGCUGCGUAGGUAUAAUAGAUGUAUUUGUUGCGUUGCGAGGUGAAACACUCGCUAAGAAUAAAUCAUACUUCGCUUUUCG